AUGGAAAUCCUGCUCGGAAUGUAUGUAAACUAUAACAUGGACAAUUGGGAUCAACUUCUACCAAUUGCUGAGUUCGCUUAUAACUGCUCGCCACAUAGUAGCCACGGUCUGUGUCCUUUUGAAGCCUGUUACGGCUAUGUGCCACACUACGACAUCCAUUCGCACGAUAUUCGAUCAAAGUCAAACAAGUUGGAGAAGAAAUGGAGAGAUAUGGGAGAGUUGCAUGCGACUGUUCAAGAACAGGUCAGGAUGGCGAAUGAAAUUAGUGCAGAGUACUACAACAGGAGACACAAGAGCAUACCAGAAGAAUUCAGAAAGGGAGAACAGGUACUACUAAGUACGAAGUAUCUUACGACAGAACGACCCAGUCGAAAACUAGAAGCAAAAUACAUUGGCCCCUUCAAGAUCAUAAGGAAAGUUGGAAAAAAUGCUUUCGAACUAGAUCUACCUCCAUCAAUGAAAGUGCACAAUGUCUUCAAUGUCACGCUGUUGGAACCAUAUCCUGAGGAUAUGAUACCAGGUCGACAGAUACCACCCCCACCGCCUGUAGUAAUUAACGGCCAGGAGGAGUUCCACGUGGAAGCGAUUGUGGACAGCAGAAUUCGGCGAGGAAAGGAAGAAUUUAAGGUAAAAUGGUUAGGAUACACAGGAAAUGCGGCCUAUGACUGGGAACCACAAGAAAAUGUAGAAGAAUUGGCCACCUUUGGUGAAUUUUUGGAAAAGAGGAAAAGGGACCCCAGAAGAAAGUGA